CUCCGCGCUGCCGCUCCCUUGUCUGAUGCUGCGCGGCCCCUUCCCCGCGCGGGGGGCGCACGGAGACCACCGGGAAUAGGAUCCACCCCCCACCCAUCCAUCCCACCCACCCAUCCUCCCACCCAUCCAUCCCAUCUCAUCCGUCCCAGCCGCUCCAUGCCGCCGAGCCGCGCUCCGCCCGGGAGGCACCGGCAUGUCCGAGCGGCGCCAGGCGGGCACUGAGCCGAGCCGAACCGAGCCGGGCCCCCGCCCGCCGGGCCGAGCCUCGGCUGGGUCCUGGAGAGCCGGGCUGGCCUGGGGAGGCAGCGGGGAUGGAGCUGAGAGGAGCCUCGGAGGGAGAGAGGGAGUGUCUGCCUCGGGCUGAGCGCGGCGCGGCUGAGCCGCAGCCCUGAAUCCUCGGGCUGCUCCCGAAUCCUCGGGCUGAGCCCGGAAUCCUUGGGCUGCUCCUGAAUGCUUGGGCUGAGCCCGGAAUCCUUGGGCUGCUCCCGAAUCCUCAGGCUGAGCCCGGAAUCCUUGGGCUGAUCCCGGAAUCCUCGGGCUGAUCCUGGAGUCCUUGGGCUGAGCCUGGAAUCCUUGGGCUGCUCCUGGAAUCCUCGGGCUGCUCCCAAAUCCUUGGGCUGCUCCCGGAAUCUUGGCUGCUCCCAGAAUCCUUGGACUGAUCCUGGAAUUUUGAGAUUCUCCUGGAACCCUUGGGCUGUUCCUGCAAUCCUUGGGCUGCUCCUGGAAUUUUGGGCUUCUCUGAGAAUCCUUGUGAUGCUCCUGGAAUCCUUGGGCUGCUCCCGAAUCUUGGCUGCUCCUGGAAUUUUGGGUUUUCUCUGGAAAUCCUUUGGGCUGCUCCUGGAAAUUUGGCCACUCCCAGAAUUUUGGGUUUCUCCCGGAAUUUUGGCCGCUCCCAGCUGUGAGGACCUGCAGAGGGUCAGAGGCUGCCGGACAGCGGAGGGAGCUCCGUGUGCCCCGAGUGAGACUGGCGAGGAUCUGAGAGGUGAUCCUGGGGGAUCCCAGAGAUUAUCCUGAAGGAUCUGAGGGGAUAUCCCAGAGAAUCUAAGAGGUGAUCCUGGGGGACCUGAGAGGACAUCGUGGAGGAUCUCGGCAGUUAUCCUUGAGGAUCCUAGAAGAUAUCCCAGAGGAUCUCAGCAGUUAUCCCAGAAGAUAGCCCAGAGGAUCUGAGAGGUUAUCCUGGGGGAUCUCAGCCGUUAUCCCAGAGAACAGCAAUAUUCCCAAGCCUGGGAGCACUCCUGUGCUGGCACUGUCCCUGUCCCCGCUCUGCUCCUGCUGUCACAUUCCCACCGUUCCCAGCCCGGCGUGUCCUUGUCCUGCUGGGCUCAGCCACGGAUUUGGAGCCCUCGGCGCCAGGAUUUUGGUUUGCUUUCCGGGCAUUUUGCUUUCCUUUCUGGGCAUUUUGGCUUGCUGUCUGCGAGCACCCAUGGAUUGACGCCUCGGGGCUGGCUGAGUGUCCCUGUGCCUCCGGAGCUGUCCCCAAGCUGUCCCCAAGGCCACACCUCUGCCAUGGCACCGCCGGGCACAGAGUCCUGAAGGUGCCCCCACCCUGCUGCCAGCCGAGAUGGGAACCUCUGGGAAAACCUGAACUGCCAAAAGCACGCGGGGGCAAGGACAGGGAUCCCUGCGAGCCUGGGGGUGCCCAGCAUGACAGCGUGCCAGUACCCCAUGGCGCCGGGGGCCCUGGAGCGGGACCGGCUCUACCAGCACAAGGUGUCCCUGGUGGUGAGGUAUUUCAUGAUCCCCUGCAACAUCUGCCUCAUCCUGCUGGCCACCUCCACGCUGGGAUUCGCCGUGCUGCUCUUCCUCAAUAACUACAAACCCAACAGUUACUUCACGCAGACGCCACCGCCGCCGCGGGAUGGGUGCCGGGGGAUGCUGUGCGGGUUCGGGGCCGUGUGCGAGCGCAGCCCCUCGGAGCCGGGCCAGGCCUCGUGCGUGUGCAGGAAGGGUCCCUGUGCCCCCGUGGUGGCCCCGGUGUGCGGCUCCGACCACUCCACCUACAGCAACGAGUGCGAGCUGGACAGGGCCCAGUGCAACCAGCAGAGGAGGAUCAAGGUGGUCAGCAAGGGACCCUGCGGCUCCAAGGACCCCUGUGCCGAGGUGACGUGCAGCUUUGGCAGCACGUGUGUCCCCUCCCCUGACGGCCAGGGCGCCAAGUGCGUGUGCCCCUCGUCGUGCAGCGGCGUCCCCGAGAGCCCCGUGUGCGGCAGCGACGGCCGCGACUACCGCAGCCAGUGCCACCUCAACAAGCACGCCUGCGACAAGCAGGAGAACGUCUUCAAGAAGUUCGAUGGCCCCUGUGACCCGUGCCAGGCCGUGCCGAGCGAGCCGGGCCGCGUGUGCCGGGUGAACCCGCGGACGCGGCGGGCGGAGCUGCUGCCCCGGCCCGAGGGCUGUCCCCCGGGCAGGGACCCCGUGUGCGGCGACGACGGCGUCACCUACGAGAGCGAGUGCGCCAUGGCCCGCUCGGGCGCCAUCCGCGGCAUGGACAUCCAGAAGGUGCGCUCGGGGCAGUGCCAGCCGCAGGACCAGUGCCCGGAGCCGUGCCGGCUGGGCGCGGUGUGCCUGAACCGGCGCGGGGCCGCGCGCUGCUCCUGCGAGCGCAUCGCCUGCGACGGCGCCUUCCGGCCCCUGUGCGCGCGCGACGGCCGCACCUACGGCAGCGACUGCCAGCGGCGCCGCGCCGAGUGCCUGCAGCAGCAGCACAUCCCCACGCGGCACAGCGGGCCCUGCGACCUGGGCGCUCCCAGCCCCUGCCUGAGCGUGGAGUGCUCCUUCGGGGCCACGUGCGUGGUGAAGAACCAGGAGGCCGUGUGCGAGUGCCAGCAGCAGUGCCAGGGCCGCUACGACCCCGUGUGCGGCACCGACCAGCGCAGCUACGGCAGCGCCUGCGAGCUGCAGGCCAUGGCCUGCCUGCUGCAGAGGGACAUCGGCGUCAGGCACAAGGGGCCCUGCGAGCCCUGCGGGAAGUGCCAGUUUGGUGCCAUCUGCGAGGCGGAGACGGGGCGCUGCGUGUGCCCCACCGAGUGCGUGCCCUCGGCGCAGCCCGUGUGCGGCACCGACGGCAACACCUACAGCAGCGAGUGCGAGCUGCACGUCAGGGCCUGCACCCAGCAGAAGGACAUCCUGGUGGCUGCCCAGGGCCCCUGCAAGUCGUGCGGCAGCUCGGUGUGCUCCUUCGGCAGCCGCUGCGUGGCCGGGCAGUGCCUGUGCCCGCGCUGCCAGCGCCAGCCCCCGGCGCCCGUCUGCGGCACCGACGGCGUCACCUACGGCAGCCCCUGCCAGCUGCAGGAGGCCUCGUGCCAGCUGCAGAGGAGCAUCGAGGUGGCCAGGAUGGGACCCUGCGAGGACGAGUGUGGCUCGGGGGGCUCGGGCUCGGGGGAUGGCAGUGACUGUGAGCAGGAGCGCUGCCGCCACUUCGGGGGCUGGUGGGACGAGGACGCCGAGGACGAGCCCUGCGUCUGUGACUUCACCUGCGUGGCCGUGCCCCGCAGCCCGGUGUGUGGCUCUGACGGCGUCACCUACGCAAACGAGUGCGAGCUGAAGAAGACGCGGUGUGAGAAGCGCCAGGAGCUCUUUGUCACCAGCCAGGGAGCCUGCCGGGCCCUGGCCACCACCCCGCCACCCCUGCUGGUCGUGCACUGCAGCCAGAGCGUCUACGGCUGCUGCCCCGACAACGUCACCCUGGCGCUGGGCGUGGGAGCUGCUGGAUGUCCCAGCACGUGCCAGUGCAACCCCUACGGCUCCUACGGCGGCUCCUGUGACCCGGGCACGGGGCAGUGCUCCUGCAAGCCCGGCGUGGGCGGCCUCAAGUGCGACCGCUGCGAGCCCGGCUUCUGGAACUUCCGCGGCAUCGUCACCGACGGCCGCAGCGGCUGCACCCCGUGCCACUGUGACCCCGUGGGCUCGGUGCGGGAUGACUGCGAGCAGAUGUCGGGGCUGUGCUCCUGCAGGACGGGCAUCACGGGCAUGAAGUGCACCCAGUGCCCCGACGGCAGCACCCUGGGCACCGCCGGCUGCCACAAGGACCCCUCAGCCCCCAGGUCGUGCGAGGAGCUGAGCUGUGACUUCGGGGCCUCGUGCGUGGAGCUCAACGGCUUCGCCCACUGCGAGUGCCCGUCCCCGCUGUGCCCCGAGGCCAACACCACCAAGGUGUGUGGCUCUGAUGGUGUCACCUACGGGGACCAGUGCCAGCUACGGACCAUCGCCUGCAGGCAGGGCCAGCACAUCACGGUCAAGCAUGUGGGGCAGUGCCACGAGUCCAUCACGCACACGAUGGCCCCGGUGUCCCCCACGCCACUGCCCACGGUGCCCCCGGAGCUGCCCGCGCCCCCUCGGGCCACCCCGCGCUCCCCCCUGCCCACCGGGGCGGCCACCAGCCCGUCACCGCCGCCAGCCAGGCCCACGGAGCGCGGCCACCCCACCACCAGGCGUGUGACAACGGCCAGGCCGGCCACCACCACGGCCUGGGUCACCCACGGCGUGCACAAGGCCACCGUCCGCCCGCUGGCCACCGUGCCCGUGGUGGCGGCCACCAGCCAGCCCGGCUACGGCGAGUCCGGCAGCGCCGAGGGCAGCGGGGACCAGGACAUGGGCACCAGCGGGGACCAGGAGGCCAGCGGGGCAGGAUCUGCUGGUGAGGAGGAGCCUGACGAGGGCCAGGUGACAGCCACGCCUGCCAUCGAGAGGGCCACGUGCUACAACAGCGCCCUGGGCUGCUGCUCCGACGGCAAAACCGCAGCCGCCGACGCCGAGGGCACCAACUGCCCCGCCACCAAGGUGUUCCAGGGAGUGCUGAUCCUGGAGGAGGUGGAGGGCCAGGAGCUGUUCUACACCCCGGAGAUGGCCGACCCCAAAUCCGAGCUCUUCGGGGAGACGGCGCGCAGCAUCGAGAGCGCGCUGGACGAGCUGUUCCGGGGUUCUGAUGUCAGGAAGGAUUUCAGGAGCAUCCGAGUGCGGGACCUGGGCCAGAGCAGCGCCGUCAGGGUCAUCGUGGAGGCCCACUUUGACCCAGCCACGUCCUACACGGCCGCCGAUGUGCAGGGGGCCCUGCUGAAGCAGCUCCGGGCUGCCAAGAGGAAAACCAUCCUGGUGAAGAGGCCCCAGCAGGAGCACAUCAAAUUCAUGGAUUUUGACUGGAUCCCUCGGCUCUUUACCACCACAGUCACCACCACCACGGCCACCACCAUGGCCCCUGGCACCACGCGCAGGGUGCCCGCGGCCACCGCGGCCCUGGGGCAGCACGGGGAGCCCGCGGGCAGCCCCGGCCCCGUGGGCACCACCCGCAGCCCCACGGGCACCACCCGCAGCCCUGGCAGCAGCAGCAGGAGGGGGAAGCCCACCCAGCUGCCCCCUGGCACCCCCCCGGCACGGCCCUGCGAGUCCCAGCCCUGCCUGCACGGUGGCACCUGCCAGGACGACGGGCACCGCUUCACCUGCAGCUGCCCUGCGGGCACAGGAGGGGAUCUCUGUGAGAAAGCCCCGAGUGGGUCCGUCCCCAGCUUCGGGGGCAGCUCGGUGCUGGCGUUCCGGACCAUGCGCGCGUACCACACCGUCAGGAUCUCCAUGGAGUUCCGCGCGCUCGAGCCCCGCGGGCUGCUGCUCUACAACGCCCAGCGCCACGGCAAGGACUUCAUCUCCCUGGCGCUGCUCGGCGGCUUCGUGGAGCUCAGGUUUGACACGGGCUCUGGCACGGGCACGGUCACCAGCCGCGUGCCGGUGGAGCCAGGGCGCUGGCACCGGCUGCUGGUGACGCGGAACCGGCGCACGGGCACGCUGGCCGUGGACGGGGAGCCCCCGGUGAGCGGGCACAGCCCCCCGGGCACCGACGGGCUCAACCUGGACACCGAGCUCUUCAUCGGGGGAGUGCCCCACGAGCACAUGGCGCUGGUGGCGGAGCGUACGGGUGUCACCAGCGGCCUGUGGGGCUGCGUGCGGGCCCUGGCCAUCAACAACCGCGGGCACGAGCUGCACCCGGGCUCUGCCGACGUGCUGUACGCCACGGCCGUGGGCCAGUGUGGCACCGACCCCUGCCAGCCCAGCCCCUGCCACCACGGCGGCACCUGCCACACCAGGGAGGCUGACAUGUUCCACUGCCAGUGCCCCGAGGCCUACACGGGCCCCACGUGUGCCUUCGAGAGGAACCCGUGCGAGCCCUCUCCGUGCCACGCCUCUGCCACCUGCCUGGUGCUGCCCGCCGGGGGGGCCCUGUGUGCCUGUCCCAUGGGCCGUGAGGGGGACCUGUGCGAGCGAGUGACAGAGCAGGACCAGUCCAUGCCCUUCCUGCCCGAGUUCAACGGCUUCUCCUACCUGGAGCUCAACGGGCUGCAGAGCUUCGUGCCCGACCUGCAGGACAAGAUGUCCAUGGAGGUGGUGUUCCUGGCCAAGAAGCCCAGCGGGAUGAUCUUCUACAACGGCCAGAAGACCGAUGGCAAGGGGGACUUUGUGUCCCUGGCACUGCACGAGGGCCACCUGGAGUACAGAUACGACCUGGGCAAAGGGCCAGCCCUGCUCAGGAGCAAGGAGCCCGUGCCCCUGGACACGUGGGUCAGUGUCCUGCUGGAGAGGAGCGGCCGCAAGGGCGUCCUGAGGGUCAACAAUGGCCAGAGGGUCACAGGGGAGUCCCCGAAAUCCCGUAAGGUGCCUCACAUGGUGCUGAACCUGAAGGAGCCCUUCUACGUGGGGGGAGCCCCCGACUUCUCCAAGCUGGCUCGAGCAGCUGCCAUCUCCAGCGGCUUCGAGGGAGCUGUGCAGAAGAUCUCCGUGGGUGGCGUGUCCGUGCUGAAGGAGGAGAACAUCCGCAGUGCCAGGGAGGUGUCCCCGUUCCAGGGGCACCCCUGCACCCAGAAACCCAACCCGUGCCAGCACGGGGGCACCUGCAGCCCCAGCCUGGGCAGCUACCAGUGCUCCUGCCACAGGGGCUUCUCGGGGGCACACUGCGAGAAAGUGAUCAUUGAGAAGGCAGCAGGGGACGCCGAGGCCGUGGCCUUCGAUGGCCGCACGUACCUGGAGUACCACAACAGCAUCACCAAGAGUGAGAAGGCCCUGCAGUCCAACCACUUUGAGCUGAGCAUCAAGACGGAGGCGACGCAGGGGCUGCUGCUGUGGAGCGGGAAGGGGCUGGAGCGCUCGGACUACAUCGCCCUGGCCAUCGUGGACGGGCGCGUGCAGCUCAGCUACGACCUGGGCUCCAAGGCCGUCACCCUGCGCUCCAGCGUGCCCGUCAACACCAACCAGUGGGUGCACAUCAGGGCCUCCAGGGUGCAGAGGGAAGGCUCCCUGCAGGUUGGGAACGAGGCCCCCAUCGCCGGCUCCUCUCCCCUCGGGGCCACCCAGCUGGACACGGACGGGGCGCUGUGGCUGGGUGGGCUGGACAAGCUGAGUGUGCCCCAGCGCCUGCCCAAGGCCUUCAGCACGGGUUUUGUGGGCUGCAUGCGGGACGUGCUCGUGGACCGGCGGGAGCUGCACCUGCUGGAGGACGCCCUGAACCAGCCGCGGAUAUUGCACUGCUCGGCCAAAUAGAGCCCAGGGACCUCCCUCCCGCCUCCCUCCUCCCUCCCUCCUGCCUAUUGCUGUAAUUAUUUUCUAUUUUUGUAAACUUAUUGCUUUUUAUAUUUUUGGGGGGGACAGGGAGGGCAGGAAACCCUUUUUGCUUUCGGGCUCUGGGCCCGAGCAGCGGGACAAAGCUCGAGAAGUGACACCAGAACUCUCCCACUGCAGCGUCGAUCUUCUUCAUACUUGAAGCUUCUUUUGUUUUGGGGUUGUUUUCCCCCUUUUUUCCUGCUGUUUUUGGGGGGUUUGUUCCCAAAAACAACCCUGUUUUCCCGUGGGGGAAACGCUGCUGGUGCUGGCGAGGCCUUCACGGAUUGGCGGGGUGGGAAUUCCCGCCCUGCUCCGGGCUCUGGCUCUUCCAAACCUUCUCUGGCCCCGUGUUCACCUGAUUCCUGCUGCCCCCGUUCCUCUCACUGUAAUUUAUGUGUGUAAGGAUCUCAAGUGCUUUUCUCCUCCGAGCUCUGCUCAAAUCAGGGAUGCCACGCACUGGAAGGGAGAGAGCCGGGCCCAAGCUUCGCUCUGCGCUCUCCUCGGGACUCUUUGCUGGACUCAGAGGUGCUGGGGAGGCAAAAAUGUGGAUUUUUCCAGCGGUUCUCCUCCUCCUCCUCCUCUCGGACACGUGCAGGAGCAGCUGUGAAACCUCAUUGCCACAUUUUGUGUUCAUCCAGACGUGUCCUGACCCCUCCCCAGCCACCGAGCCUUGGCCUCCCUUGUGCUGGAGAUCACUUGGAGCUCCUCUCCAAGAGCUGGGAAUUCUCUCCCUCUCCCAAGAGGACCAGGAGAUUCCCUGUUCCUCCUCAGAGAUCUCCUGGACGCGUCCUUCCACGCCCCACAGCCUUCUCCAGCCUCUGGCUCCCAGCCUGGCAACGCAGAGCUGCCACUGGAGCCUCUCCCACCAAGAAAAUUGGGAAUUUUUCACCUUGGACUUGGAGUUUUUGGGUCUUCCACAUCCUCUGGAUGCUGCCAGCCCUGCAGGAACGGCUCCAACGGGAGCAGGAGCGGGGCUGGGGAGUAUUUGGGGGGAAUUUGAAGCAUUUUCUUCCAGGAAAGGAAAGUUUUGGGGCCAGUUGUGAAGUUUCUGGGGUGUGGCUGCAC